GCGGAAGGGAAAGGGUUGGAGGAAGCGGAGGAAGCGACUUCGCCGCCGCCAUUUUGGGAAGUUGAUCUCAUCCGAGCUACGUUGUUGCAGUGGAAUGUGAAAAACAAAGGGAGACGGGUUUCACGUUCUUGACUGUGAAUGGUCCGCUUGCACUUCAGUCAGAUCUCAGACCCACCCGGCAUCCAAGCGUCGCAUGGUUGUGUGCACCACCAGUCGCUUCUCCCGAAGGGUUCCGAUGUGCGAACAGGUACCCAAAGUCAGCGUGAGGCAAUACAGAUUUGCAGGAGGGCAGGAGGAGGAAGAUCCGCUGAAUGCAGAGCUGGUGAUACUUAUUCCCGAGGUCCUUGAUCCUCAGUAUGGCAUGUAUGUUUGGCCCUGUGCUGUGGUCCUAGCUCAGUAUGUCUGGUUUCACAGAAGAGAAAUUUGUGGCAAGAGAAUCUUGGAGAUUGGAGCAGGUGUGAGUCUUCCUGGAAUAGUGGCAGCAAAAUGUGGAGCAGAAAUUAUAUUAUCAGAUAAUGCAGAACUUCCUGAGUGUUUGGACAACUGUCGUCGAAGCUGCCAGAUGAAUAACCUCUCGGGGAUGAAUGUGGUAGGACUUACCUGGGGUCAGAUGUCACCCAGUCUGUUAGAUUUACCUCCGGUGGAUAUUAUAUUGGCAUCUGAUGUGUUUUUUGAACCAGAAGACUUUGAAGAUGUUAUAAGCAUAGUGUACUACUUAAUGGAAAAGAAGCGACGUGUUCAGUUCUGGACUACUUAUCAAGUCAGAAGUGCUGACUGGUCUAUUGAAGGAUUACUUUACAAGUGGGAUAUGGAAAGCACAUCUGUGCCCUUGCAGUCAUUUGAUGCCAACAAGGAGCAACUAGCCGGCUCUUCUCUUCCAGGAAGGCACACUAUUGAAAUGGUUAUCAUUACACAUAAAGCAACCAAGCUAAAUUCUGGGACAGUUUUAAGAAAAGACUCUAUUUCAUGUGUUUUAAAAUAAAAAAACAAUCCCCCUUA